AUGGAGUACGGUUUCAAAUCGGCCCCCGAGCCAAAGCAUGUUGACCGCAAGCUGCUUUACACAAACUUGGAAGAGCGCAUCAAGUACCUGCAUGCCUUCCUCGACUUCGGCCCUGCCGACAUCGAGGCAUUGAUCAGCGGCACAAAAUACAUCAAACAAUUGAUCCCAGCAGUAGUCAACCUGGUAUAUAAGAAGCUUCUCGAGUGCGACAUCACAUCACGAGCCUUCCACACACGAAACACAGUCGACGAGACCGAGCCGGAAGAAGACUACCUCGACGAAGAAGCACCCCAGAUCAAGCGACGCAAGAUGUUCCUCCGGUGGUACCUCACACGUCUUUGCCAAGACCCAACGACAAUGGAUUUCUGGCGAUACCUGAACAAGGUCGGCAUGAUGCACAGCGGUCAAGUCCGACGAUCCCCCCUGAACAUCGAAUACAUCCACCUAGGCGCUUGCAUGGGCUACAUCCAAGACAUCUGGAUCGAAGCGAUGAUGUCACACCCACACCUCUCACUCCGACGGAAGAUCGCCCUCGUGCGCGCCGUCAACAAGAUCCUUUGGAUCCAGAAUGAUCUCUUCGCUCGGUACCAUUGCAGCGACGGAGAAGAGUAUGCGGAUGAAAUGUCAUUGAUGAGUUUCGAUGACCAGGAAGGAUACAUCGGUGACAAGCGCAUUCUUGGCAGUAGCUCCAAUAGCUCUGUUGAUGACGACCGGUCUAGUAUUUCUAGUGGGGUUGCGCCUUCCACUCAUAGUGCGGCCCCAUCCACGAAGACAAGUACCUCGGCUGCGGCGUCUGCUUCGAAGACUUCGGUGUGUCCUUUUGCUGAUAUGGCUAAGCCGUCAUCGACUGAGACGAAGAUUUGGGCAAAUUAG